UAUAAUUUUCUUUUCUUUUCUUGUAGCCCUCGGUCACCGUCUUAUAAGUUAAAAACACAGAGGCACAGCCGUCAACCCCCACCUCCGCCCGUCACCUCCAUACAUACACACACAAAACACGCUCUUUUGGUGUUCCAUUUUUUCAUCAGAUUCUUGUGAAAAACAAGAAAAGAAAAGAAAAUCUCCGACGGCUGCUUCAAGGGUCAAGAAAAUCAUGGUGAGCCCAAUAGUUGAAAUGGGAAAUGAGGGAAUGGGGCCGCCAUGGUUAAAACCAAUGCUGAAAGCAGAUUACUUCGUACCUUGUUCCCUCCAUUUCGAUUCCAAUAAAAACGAAUCCAAUUUGUUCUGUUUGGAUUGCAUGGGUAACGCCUUCUGCUCUUACUGUUUGUUCCAUCACAACCACCAUCGUGUUCUUCAGAUAAGGCGAUCUUCGUAUCAUAAUGUGGUGAGGGUGAAUGAAAUUCAGAGGUUUAUCGACAUAUCUUGCAUACAGACAUAUGUUAUAAAUAGUGCCAAAAUCGUGUUCCUUAACGAGAGGCCUCAGCCUAGGCCCGGUAAGGGUGUCACCUUCACUUGCGAAAUCUGCUCCCGUGGCCUCCCCGAUAAUUUCAGAUUCUGUUCUUUGGGCUGCAAGAUGAAUGGGAUGAAGAGAGGAGAUAGUGAGCUCUCAUUUUGGUUGAAGCCGAAUAGCAACAAGCAUAACAGGGAAAUGUUUAUUGCUGAUUGGGAUUCCGAUGAGUCAUCGACCCCUACGAAGAUCCACCGUCCCAAUAAUAUAUUCAACCGAUUUUCAGACACAUUUGAGAGGUUGUCUUGCUCGACUAGUUCGGGGGACGAGUUGGGUAACAAUAAUAAUAAUAAUGUUAUAUCACCAAAAACUCCUCCGCAGUUCAAUCAUAGCAAUUCAAGUCGGAGGAAAGGGGUCCCACACCGAGCUCCGUUCUGAGAUUACGACUGGUUCGAUGGGCCUGUAAAUAUUUGGGCAGGUUGUUUGAUACAAGAAGCUAAGGGUUUUCUUUCUAAUGGUUUAUAAGUUAGUGGUGGUGGUUAUUGUGAAAAUGGAAUAUAUGUAGAAAAUAGGUGAAAAUAUAUAUAUAUAGUAGGGUUACUUUCUUUGUGUGCAUACAGUUACAAUAUAAUACACUCCAAACUUUGUUAUCAAGUAAUACUUAGGUUAUUAAAGAUAAGUGUGUACAUAUAUACAUAUUACUAAUCACUUUUAUAUUGUUUUUCUU